GGGAGGCCCGGGGCGAGGGGGGAUGGGCGCGAGAAGUGGGUUGGGUGACAAGGUGGAAGGGCAGAGCCAGCAGAGGGAUCGGGAGUUGGCUGGCGAGCUGCGCCAGAGGCAGGUGCCAGCUGAGAGUGGGCGGAGGGGCGGGCGCUGGGCCAGACGGGGGAGGCCCGGCGUUACCUCUGCCUCUAGGAGUCGGGCGCGCAGACGGGCUUGCCCGGAGAAGCCGGGGGCACGGGCGUCCCCGCCACCCGCAGAAGGGGCCGCGGGAACAGUCGCAGCAGCCGCCGAGCGACAGCAUCCUCUGGAGAGACGCCCCAGGCUCUGCAGCCGCCUCCCUCCUCCGGGGGCGAGCGCCGCCGCCUGCUCCCUGCGCUCCUGCUCGUCGCCGCCCCCUGCCCCGCCGCCCGUCCGCCCGCGGGGGGCAGCCAGCACCCGCGCCCCUGGCCGUUCACCUGCCGCGGGCUCCGGGGCGGGCGGGCGCGGGGCAGAGAAGGUGCGAGAAACAGGAACCCGAGAGACACCAUCCCCUGGUCUACACUCCACGCGGAGAGGAACUCCCGCCAACACCACGAGCCCCCGCGCGCCCUGCACCCGGCUCCCAAGUUCAGGGGCGACACCUCUCAAAGCGGGGCUAUCCCGCGCGGUGAGCAUUCCGGCCCCAUCGGGCCGGACUCCAGGCGACCCACUGCGCCCAGCGCCCUCCCGGGUCCCCGGCGAGGCCAUGCCCGGGCUGCGCCGGGACCGCCUGCUGACCCUGCUGCUGCUGGGCGCGCUGCUCUCCGCCGACCUCUACUUCCACCUCUGGCCCCAGGUGCAGCGCCAGCUGCGGCCCCGGGAGCAGCCGCGGGGCUGCCCGUGCGCCAGCCGCGCCUCCUCCCGGGCCCCGGACUCCGCCGCAGCCUUCUCGGACCCCCACGCGGCCGCGCACAACUUUUCCCGAGGCGGGACCCCGGCGGAGCAGGACGGUGGCGGCCGCAGCGGCCCGCGCUCCAAGCUGCAGGCCCUCUUCGCCCACCCGCUGUACAAAGUCCCGGAGGAGCCGCCUCUCCUCGGGCCCGACGACGUGCUCCUGGCCAGCCAGGAGGCGCUGCGGUAUUACCGGAGGAAGGUGGCCCGCUGGAACAGACGACAAAAGGUGUACAAGGAGCAGCUGAACCUCACUUCUUUGGACCACCCACUGCAUCUCCAAUUAGAGGCCAGCUGGGUCCAGUUCCACCUGGGGAUCAACCGCCACGGGCUGUACUCCCGGUCCAGUCCUGUCGUCAACAAACUCCUCCACGACAUGAGUCACUUUCCCACCAUCAGCGCUGAUUACAGUCAGGACGAGAAAGCCUUGCUUGGGGCGUGUGACUGCAGCCAGAUUGUGAAACCCAGUGGGGUCCACCUCAAGCUGGUUCUGCGGUUCUCGGACUUCGGGAAGGCCAUGUUCAAACCCAUGAGACAGCAGCGAGAUGAAGAGACGCCUGUGGACUUUUUCUAUUUCAUUGACUUCCAGAGACACAACGCUGAGAUUGCCGCUUUCCAUCUGGACAGGAUUCUGGACUUUCGACGGGUGCCACCAACAGUGGGGAGGCUAGUCAACGUGACCAAGGAAAUCCUGGAGGUCACCAAGAAUGAAAUCCUGCAGAGCGUUUUCUUUGUCUCUCCAGCCAACAACGUGUGCUUCUUUGCCAAGUGUCCAUACAUGUGCAAGACGGAAUAUGCUGUCUGUGGCAACCCGCACCUGCUAGAGGGUUCCCUCUCCGCGUACCUGCCAUCCCUCAACCUGGCCCCCAGGCUGUCUGUGCCCAACCCCUGGAUCCGCUCCUACUCGCUGGCAGGAAAAGAGGAGUGGGAGGUCAAUCCACUUUACUGCGACACAGUGAAACAGAUCUACCCGUACAACAGCAGCAACCGGCUCCUCAACAUCAUCGACAUGGCCAUCUUCGACUUCUUGAUAGGAAAUAUGGACCGUCACCAUUAUGAGAUGUUCACCAAAUUUGGGGAUGAUGGGUUCCUUAUUCACCUUGACAAUGCCAGAGGGUUUGGACGACACUCCCAUGACGAAGUUUCCAUCCUCGCGCCGCUGUCCCAGUGCUGCAGGAUAAAAAAGAAAACGCUUUUGCACCUGCAGCUGCUGGCCCAGGCCGACUACAGACUCAGUGAUGUUAUGCGGGAGUCACUGCUGGAAGAUCAGCUCACCCCUGUCCUCACAGAGCCCCACCUCCUUGCCCUGGAUCGGAGACUCCAAAUCAUCCUAAAGACAGUGGAGGGUUGCAUAGAGGUCCAUGGAGAGCACAGUGUCAUAGCCAAUGGCCCAGCAGAACAGUCGGCCCCAGACUCUGGCCAGGCUAACUUGACAAGCUAGGGGCUGGACAAGUCCAAGCUCCAGGAAGCUACACCUGGAGCCAGCAGCGGACUCUCGAGGGUGAACCUCACUCAUGUCCCCCAUCAAUGCUGCAGGUUCUGAGUCAUGAGCUCAGACAGCAGGGAGGACACUGGGAUGAUUCUAGAAGAGCAAAAGAAAUGGGAUCCACUGAUCUUUCUUCCUUGGUGCACUGCAUCUCCAGUGGACUGCCUUGGCUGCUUCUUUCCCAGACAGCACUGCUUCAUCAAGAACACAGAACAUCUCCUGAGCCCACUGGGAAAUCUGGAUAUGGCUCAGGUUUAGAAGCGUUGUUCCCAGAAGAGAGUAUUAACUGUAACAAAUAAAAGGACAUCAAGUGGA